CAGCUCAGUCACGCACGCACUCACGCUCUUGGCUCUCCCUCUCCUCAGACCUCAGACCGCGGCCACUGCCCCGGAGAACUCGAUUACUCAUCGUCUUCAAUCGGCCGUCUCCGUCGUUCCUCACGGUGUUCUUGCUUCUCGGUUCUCCAGUCCAUUGCCCUUAUAACUCACUGUCGAGCUCCCUGUUAAUCGGCGUCCGUCCCUGCUGCUCCAUCACUACAAGCUCAAGAAACAUCAGAAUUGGUUUUCGGCGUCCCUGAUACUCGGCGUGUAGUCGACUUCUGAGUUCUCGGUUUCGUUCCUCAUUCAAAUUUCAAAAGGUAUUCAGUUGAGUUUUCACAUUUUGAUGAAUUGGUUUCUUGAUGAUUUUUGCGAGUCCACCAGAAGGCUGAAGUGACCACAACUUUUCUUGUAUGAACUCAUCUUCUCAAAGCUCCGACCACCUUUGCUGCUGUUGGGGAUGACUCUACGACGGCUCCGAGUGUCAGCUAAGUUUCUUCGGCCUCGCAAUUCUACGGCUUUGCAUGUUAACUAUCAUCUUCUCUUUCCUUCCAAGCACUAUACUUCCAACUUUCACUACACUCACUGCGUCUUCUACUCGUCAUUUGGGUCUGAAUCUUAUGAUUAUUUAAUUCAAUUUCUACCUUUUGGGAACUCCAAUUCUGUUUUUUCAAGCAUAAUUUCUCCUAGGGAACGACGAAAAGUAGUGGUGGGAUUGUCCAAGCUAAUUAAGAAUGAAAAGGGUUUUUUGUUGAAGGGAUUUAAACGAGAUUUUUGUCCAUUCUUUCUUGUGAGGAUUAUGAAAUUGUUGGAGACUCGUGAAGCUGCAUUUGCAUUCUUCAAACUAGCAUUUGGGGAUAAUGAUUCUGAGGAGACUGUUCGAUUGUGUUGCAUUGCCGCGGGUGUUUUAGCUGCACAGGACCUUAGGUAUUUUGCACAAGACAUUGUUUCAAGGGUAAUUGCUAAGAUGGGAGCUAGCAGAAGUAAGCAACUUGUCCAGUUUAUGUGGAAGAUUCACUCCCACUAUGAGUCUGAUUUUUCUGUCCUGGAUACCCUUAUGAGGGGCUUUUUGAAUGCGGAAAUGAGUUCAGAGGCGUUGGAAAUUUUGCAUAGGAUGAGGGAUGUGGGGGUCUUGCCAAGUGCAUCUGCAAUAAGCAUUCUUAUUAGGUAUUUACUUAGAAUUGGUGAUUAUGGUAGGGUGUGGAAGCUACUCAAAGAUAUGCUCUGUAGAGGGCCGUACCCUUGUAAUAUCACAUUUAACACGAUGAUUUAUGGGUUUUGUAAACAAGGGUGGCUUGUAAUUGGAGAAAGUUUGUUAUAUUUGAUGCAAAAGUUUAGGUGCAAUCCAGAUGCAAUUACAUAUAAUAUUGUAAUUAAUGCAUACUGCAUUAGGGGGAAGACUUCAGUUGCAGUGGAUUGGCUGCAAUUCAUGAUUGAAUGUGGUUGCAAACCGAGCAUUGUAACAUUUAAUACAAUUGUUCAUGCCUUUUGCAGGGAGGGAAAUGUGACUGAGGCAAGGAAGUUUUUUGAUAAGCUUCAAGAUAUGAGCAUUAGUCCAAAUACUGUAAUAUACAACACAAUUAUCGAUGGAUAUGUCAAGGCAAGGGAAAUUGAUCAAGCAAACAUGCUUUAUGAAGAAAUGAGGAGUAAAGACAUCUGUCCUGAUUGUGUGACUUUUAAUAUUUUGGUUGCAGGCCAUUAUAAGUAUGGAAGAAAAGAGGAUGGGAAUAGGUUGAUAAGAGAUUUAUCUGAACAAGGAAUCCUUCCGGACUAUUCAUUGUGUGAUGUAACAAUAACAUGCCUGUGUUGGGCAGGAAGACUUGAUGAGGCUGUGGAACUAUUAGAAGAUAUGCUUGAAAAGGGAAUGAAUCUUAGUGUAGUUGCCUUUAACUCUUUAAUUGGAGCCUAUAGCAGGGCUGGAUUAGAAGACAAGGCAUUUGAAUCCUACAAAACUAUGGUUAAAUGUGGUUUGACUCCUUCACCUUCUACAUUUAAUUCUUUGCUUUUGGGUUUGUGUUGGAAAGGGAGGAUGCUAGAAGCCAGGACGCUUUUCUGUAGGAUGUCAAAGAAGGGCCUUCCCCUCAACAAAGCAGCUUAUACAAUUCUUUUGGAUGGAUGCUUUAAGAUGGGUGAUCUCUGUGGGGCUAAGUCUAUCUGGAUUGAAAUGAAAGAAAGAGGUGUAUAUCCAGAUGCUGUUGCCUUUUCAGCCUUAAUUGAUGGGCUUGCAAAGGCGGGUUUGGUUGAGGAGGCAUACGAAGCAUUCUUAGAAAUGUCAGCCAAAGGUUUUGUUCCUAAUAAUUUUGCAUACAAUUCUUUAAUUCAUGGGUUUUGUAAUACUGGGAAAAUGUAUGAAGCAGUGAGGUUGGAAAAAGAGAUGCGGUUAAAAGGUCUUCUUCCUGAUACCUUUACCUUGAAUAUAAUUAUUGAUGGUUUCUGUAAUCAAGGCCAAAUGAAGCCUGCACUUGAUGUGUUUUUUGACAUGUUUCGGAUUGGUUUGACACCGGAUAUUGUCACAUUCAACAUAUUAAUUGGAGGUUAUUGUAAGGCAUUUGACAUGGCUAUUGCAGAUGAGUUUGUUAAAAAAAUGUGUAAAUGUGGGUUUGACCCAGACAUUACAACCUAUAAUAUACGAAUACAUGGUUACUGCAGUAGUAGAAGAAUUAACCAAGCAAUUAACAUUCUGAAUGAGCUUGUUGAAGCAGGUAUUGUUCCCAACACUGUGACAUACAACACCAUGAUUAGCAGUAUGUGUGGUGAUAUAUUAGAUCAUGCUAUGAUUUUAACUGCAAAGUUACUUAAGAUGGCUUUUUUGCCAAAUGUGGUUACUGCCAAUAUAUUGUUGUCUCACUUUUGUAAACAAGGGAUGCCUGAGAAGGCCUUAAUGUGGGGGCAAAAGUUGAGAGAGAUCUGCUUUGAUUUUGAUGAAAUUACCUAUAGAAUACUGGACCAAGCUUACCGUAUCAUGCAAGAAGAUGUUGAACAUGUGAGGGAAACAUCAACUUAUGAAAAGAGCCUUUUUUUGGAUUUUCUAAUGUACAUUACAUUUGACUAUUUUUCUAGAAAUAGAUCUCAUAAUAUGGACAGUGAGAAUAGUCUAAGGCUCAUUGAAAGUCAGUUCAGUGUUUUAUGAACUUGAUUAAUUUUUUGGACGUUCAAAAUCUGCCAAAAUUUUUGUGUAUUGAUGUCAACUAGGACUCAUUCAUUGGAUACUUAGCCUAUGCCAUAAGUUCUUGCAAAACAUGACAUGGCACAAUCUGGAAGAAAUCAGAUAGGGCUGAAGAUUCUAAAUCUUACAAAAGUUCUGUGUAAUGAUUACAUCAAUGAUAAGUACUCAAUGGCUACUUUGCAUUUCAUGCAAUAAUUGCUUGCAAAACUUGGCACAAGCUGGAAAUGAGAUAGGGUUGGUUAACCCUUUUCUAAAGUUGAUCACACAAAUCAUUACUAUCAUUCUGGAGUUAAUUGUAAUCUCUUCAUACAGAAGGAUAGAAGCUUGCACUUUAUCCUUUGAGGCAUGUGAGGUGAAUCAUGUUUCUGUCAAAGACUUGAGGAUGUUAUCAUUCUGAAAUAUUGUGAACCAAAUGAAGAAGUGGCAAUGAAUAUGCGUGAGAUGUUUUACAGGCUUAUAGGGAUUUUAGAAUCAGAAUAUUCUAUCAAAUUUGCUCCCUUCUAUAUGUACGCUUUAGUCUAUCAAAUGAGAAGAGACUUUUCGGCGUUGCAAACUCUCAUGGUAUCAGAGCAGCGCCUUCUACAUCAUAUAAGGCAGUGCUAACAGGUCCUAAAGCUUUUGCCACAGAUGGAGAAAUUUCCCCAAACUCAUUGGCGCAUGGUGGAGGCUCAAGCAAGAUUGCGAAUUCAGGAGGGAUUGGUGUGGGUUCUUUUGGGAAUAUGCAUACGGACUCCUCCUCUCAACUUAUCAACACCCAUCGACUCAACGGAAAUAAUUACUUGCAAUGGUCCAGAAACGUAUUGAUGUUUGUGUGAGGGCACAAUGAGGAGCGUUACUUGACUGGACAUCUGAAGGCGCUCAAGAUUGGUGAUCCUAAAUAUGAAGUGUGGUGUGGAGAGAACAUGGUCAUGACCUGGUUAGUUCACUCUAUGAACAUUGAAAUCAUUGAGAACUACUUACUUGCCAACACUACUCAAGAAAUUUGGGAAUUACCAUGGCGCGCCUACUUUGUUCAAGAAAAUACCGCAGCUAUUAAGCAAAAUGGGCUCUUCGAACUCAACACAGGGGGAGAAAUUAGUCACGCAUUAGUCACGCUGUAUUACACUUCCUUGAUGUCAUUGUGGCAACAUGUAGACUUACAUGAGGUUCAUCAAUGGUUGUGUCAUGCUGACAAGGUGUAUUACAAAAAGGUUGUUUAACGUGAAAGAUGUUAUGAAUUUCUUCUUGAGCCUUCAUGACUCGUUUGAGUAUCUUAGAGGUCUAAUAGUGGGUAUGAAACCUCUUCACUUGAUGAAACAUUUAAUAUGAUAAAAUAUGAGGAAAGCUGCAAGGCUCUUGUUCAACUUCCUCUUCUACUCCCCUUUACCAAUUGCUGAAUCCUUGGCUAUGGUGACCUGGGGCAAUCAAGGGGGAGAUUCAAAAGGGAAAAAGUCUCUUCGUUGUGAUCAUUGCAGCAAGAAUGGUCACACACGAGAGACUUGUUGGCAAUCCAUGGUAAACCUGCCCACCUGAAGCAAAAGAAUAAAGGUGAUAAUAAAGGCUUUACAGUCAGUCAAAUUGCUGGUGAAGGAAAUUCACUGGACAAUGAAGAACUUGUUGUGCUUAAACAAAUCCUAGAGAGGCAUGCUCAAGAAAAACAAAGUGAGAAACUCUCUCCCUCAAUUACAUUGGCUCAUGCAGGAUUUAGCCUUGGGUAAGAUGAUUGGCAAUGCUAAAGAACACAAUGGACUCUACUACUUUGAAAGAAAACCCUAAAGUGAAGGCUUUUUAGCUGAUUCUAGUUCUGUUUUGAAACUUAUUUUUGCUUCUGCUGUUAUGUCUCAAGAAGACACUUUGUUAUGGCAUUUUCAAUCAGGUCACUAGUUUUGAUUAUAUGAAAAUUUUGUUACCAAACUCCAUGAAUAAAGUCAACUUUCAUCGCAAUAUUUGUCAAUGUGCCAAACGAACUUGCAAUCCUUAUCUUGUUUCUACUUAUACACCUAUUAAACCUUUCACUCUUGUGCAUAUUGAUGUGUGGGGUCCUUCUAAAAUUGAAACUCACUCUAAAGCCAGGUGGUUUGUUUCUUUUAUUGAUGAGCAUGCUUGUCCUAUGUGGCUGUUUUUAGUGAAAGACAAGUCUGAAGUUGUUACUCUCUUUAAAAGUUUUUAUAAUUUUGUCAUCAAUUUCAGAUUUCUAUCAAAAUACUUCGUAGUGACAAUGGAAUUGAGUAUUUGAACACAAACUUUUGAAGCUUUCUUAUUGAAAAAGGGAUACACCAUCAAACUUCUUGUGCAUACGCUCCAACAAAAUGGAGUGGUUGAGAGGAAAAAUAGACAUCUCUUAGAGGUGGCUAGAUCUAUUUUAUUAGGUAGCAUUGUACCCAAUAAGUUUUGGGAAGAUGCUAUUCUAACUGCAACUUAUCUCAUCAAUCGUAUGCCAUAAAAAAUUCUCAAGUUCAGAACUCCUCUCCAAAGUUUUUUAGAGUCUUAUCCUCACUCACAUCUUAUUAAUUCUCUCCCAAAAAAAAAAAAAAUUUGGUUGCACGGCUUUUGUGUUUUAUGAUGAGGGUGGGAAACUUGAUUCUAGAUCUAUUAAAUUCCUCUUCUUGGGUUACUCCUCGACAAAAAAAGGGUACAAAUGUUACUCUCUCGAAAAAGGAAGUUCUAUGUCACUAUGAAUGUUAAAUUUGUUGAAACACUACCAUUCUAUCCCAAAUUACCCAUUCAAUGCGAGAAUGAUAGUGAAUGGUUAAUUUGUGCUGCUAUAGAUGAUCACUUAAGUAAUCCAUUGGCAUCACUAAUAUUAGACCUUACACAUCACUUGACAGCCCUAUCCAGCCCAAUUCUGAACCUGCUUUGCUAGUCCUGACCUCAUAGCACCUAAUCCUGACCUUCUUGCACCUACUUUUGAAGCUAAAACCCCUUUUGAUUACCAUACCAGUCAAAAACAGCCUUCUACCAACUCUCAUGAAUCUGUGUUUGACCCUAUUAUGGAUGAAAUAAGUGGAAAUCAGCCUAGAAAGCUCACACAUAGUGAAGGUUCCAUUGAUGUUCCAAGGCGAAGUCAUGAUUCACAACAUGAGGUUAAUAUUGAAGAUCUUUAAUGGCCUAUUGCUUGUAGAAAAGGCAAGAGGAGUUGCACUUGACACCCCAUUGCAAGGUAUGUCUCUUACGAUAAGCUUAACUCUUAGCUUAAGACCUUUGUUACUACUCUUGAUUGUGAAGAUAUGUCUAGAAUCUUUGAAGAAGCCAGAUCUGAUCCAAAAUAGAAAUUGGCCAUUGAGGAAGAGUUGAGGGCCUUGCACAAAAACCGGACGAGGGAAAUUGUUGAUAUGCCCUAUGGGAAGUCAGUUGUAGGUAGUAAAUGGGUUUUUACUACAAAAUACAACUCAGAUGGGAGUCUAAAUAAAUAUAAAGCACAGCUAGUUGCUAAAGGUUUUACCCAAACCUAUGGCAUUGACUAUCAAGAGACAUUUGCUCCUGUGGCUGAAUUUAAUGCUAUUAAUGUUUUGUUGUCUCUGGCUGCAAAUUUAGAUUGGCCACUUCAUCAACUAGAUGUGAAGAAUGCCUUCCUAAAUGGAGACUUAGAAGAAGUGUACAUGGAGAUACCCUUGAGUUUGAAAGGACCCGAGAAUGCAAACAAAAUCUACAAGCUUCAUAAGUCCUUGUAUGGACUAAAGCAAUCACUUAGAGCUUGGUUUGACAAAUUCACACAUGCUGUCAAACGAUUUGGUUAUAACCAGUGUCAAGCAGAUCAUACUUUAUUUGUAAAGAGGUAUGGUCAAAAAAUUACUGUACUAAUUGUCUAUAUACAUGUUAUUGUGCUGACAGGUAAUGACACUAAAGAAAUUGACAAAAUGGAGAAGAAACUUGCUGUUCAAUUUGAGAUUAAAGAUCUCGGCUAUCUCAGGUAGGUUGGAGGUAGCUUUGUCAUCUAAGGGCAUUAAUGUCACACAGAGAAAAUACACUCUGGACCUUUUCAAGGAGAUUGGUAUGAUGGGUUCUAGACCUAUAGACACUCUAAUGGAGCUUAAUUGCAACUUGGAAGUAAAGCUUGAUGGGAAAUUAACAGAUGAGGAGAGGUCCUAGAAAUUGGCAGGAAAGCUAAUUUAUUUAUCUCAUCCCCGGCUAGGUGUAUCCUUUACUACUGGGGUUGUAAGUCAGUUUGCUAGUAAUCCAUUGGAGGAGCAUAUGGAAGCUGUCUACCGUAUUCUCAGAUACCUUAAGACAACUCCAAGGAAGGGAUUAUUCUUUUCUAAAGGAGACACAGUGUGUAGAAAUCUACUCAGAUGGAAACAAGAGAACACAUUAUAUGAAAAAUGAAACAAAUAUAGAAGUUUAUAUUGAUGCUGAUUGCGUAGGAUCCAUUCACGAUAGACACUCUACUACAGGGUAUUGCACCUUUGUGUGGAGAAACCUUGUGACUUGGAGAAGUUAGAAACAACUAGUUGUGUAUGGAAGCCCAGUGAAUAUAGGGCCUUAGCCCUUGGAAUUUUUGAAGGCACGUAGAUGGUACAAUUACUCAGAGCUGGGCAUAGAACCACUUACUUCCAUCAAAAUGUGGUGUGAUAGCAUGGCUGCCUGAAGAUUGCCAACAAUCCAGUUCAACAUGAUCGCACAAAACAUGUGAAAAUUGAUAGACUUUUCAUUAAAGAGAAAUCAGAAGCUAAAGUCAUAGAUCUCUCCUAAUUCCAUCAAGAAAGCAAGCUACAGAUGUGAUGACCAAGCCUCUUGUGCGAAACAAGUUUGAUGAACUAAUAGGCAAGCUGGGAAUGAUUAACAUCUAUUCGCCAGCUUUAGGGGGAGUGUUGGAAGUGGGCCCACUUAACCUAGGUCCAUUACCGGUUUACCUAGUCUUAAUAGUUUUUACUAUUAGCAUAUUUAUUUUGUUAGAGAUAUUUUACAGAUUUAUAGGGAUUUUAGAAUUAGAAUAUUUGUUAUUAUCUUUCUUAGUUAUUAGGGCAGAUUUAGUGUGAUUCUAUCAAAUCUCCUCCCUUCUAUAUGUGUGCUUCAUUCUAUCGCAUGAGAAGAGACUUUUCAGCACUGCAAACUCUCACUUUGUCCCACAUUUUUUUUUUCAUAUUCAAAGUUUAAAAUUUUGCUUCCUGCUAUUGGGCUUACCAUGAUGUAGUCUUCAGCUUGCUAAUUAUGAAGAAGAUACUUAUGUAGCCAAAUUGUGAGGUACUAUCAUUAGUUUUGUCUAUAAAUUUUCUGAUUGAAAUUAUUAUGAACUCCAUUAUUAUUGGAUGAAUAUGGCUCUGUUUUGGUGAAAUUGCUCGAAUUAAUGAAGAAGGAAUAUUUUUAUAACAAUGACCUUCAGCUAAACUCCAAAAACUUUUCCUUGAGCUGAGAACCCCCUUCCCAUUUGAUUCUUUUUCUUUUGGCUAUUUGUUGCAGUAAAUUACUGUAAAAUAGAUUGACAGGUUAAGUGGAAGGAGGUAUAGUAAUGGAUUGGAAUUGAAAGGAUGAAGGCACUUACGUAUUCAAAUUGUGAGGUUUAUCUAACAAAUAAGAUAUGAGUCUCACAAGGACAUAGUUGAUACUAGAAAACCGGUGAAAGAUAGAUCUGUGAAGGCUGGUAAAGCAUAUGAUUAUGAUCCUCAAGUGACAGAAAACUUAUGAGCAUGUUGACUGCAAUCACCCUCUUUUCUCUUGCUAUGUGAUUUUGACGGGUUGUUGCCCGUAAGUAAAAUGCUGCAUGGCUCAAGUGCAGUGACAAGUGAGUUAAAGCUGUUGCAUCGACAUCCGGACGUUGUGUUAAAUGAGCAAGGGUUACCAUGUUAUUUUGGACAAGUACAACUAAAGAAGUUAGUCCAUUUGAGUAAGAUUAGAUUUGGUACUUGGAAUGUUGGGACCUUAAAAUAUAAAUCUAUGAAGGCGGUAGGGGUUAUGAUUCAUAGAAAAAUUAAUAUCUUAUAUUUACAAAGUUUCAAACUUUGAUAUAUAGGAAAAGUAAGCAUACACAAUAGGGUGAGUAUCAUUGUUGAUAAGGAGGGGAAGAAGAACAUGCUAGAAGCUUUGGGGACAAUUAUUUUCUUAAAAAUAAUUGUUGGAUGUGAGACUAUCAAUAUUAUUAACGCUUAUGCACUUCAAGCUGGGGUAGAAGCCAUUUUAAGGAAUUGUUUUGGACAGACUUAGAAGGGUUGAUUCAACACAUACCACAAAGUGAAAAUAUUUUUAUUGGAGGAGAUUUUAAUGGUUAUGUUAGGAGGGGAGGUAGGUUAGUAAUCUGUAUACGAGGGUGCAUGAUAGUUUUGGUUUUGGGGAGCUAUACAAUGAAGGACAAUUUAUUCUUGAUUUCUCUUUUGUGUAUGAUUUCAAGAUUGCCAACAUUUGUUUUUUGAGGAGGGUUGGAGGAGGGAUGAAUAGCUCAUCACUCAUAAAAAUGGAGCUUCGAGGUCAGAUUGAUUUCUUUUUGGUAAGGAACAUGGACAUGAUACUGUAAAAAUUGUAAGGUGAUUCCUAGAGAUGCCGUUACGACACAACACAGGGUCUUUGUUCUUGGUGUGCAUAUUCCGAGUAAAAAUCAAAAGCAUCGACAAGUGGUAAUUUUGAGAAUUAGGUAGUGGCAGUUAAAAAGCAAGUAGCGGGAAAUUUUCAAGCGGAAUCUUUUGGUUGAAGGAAUUUAGGAGUCUUAAGAAAUUGCUAGCAUUUUGUGGGAGGAUAUGGUUGGGAAAGUAAGGAAUGUCUAAAGAAGUUUUGGGAGAAUCAAAAGGUUUUGGCUCGUGAGAUAAGGGGUUUUAGUGGGGAAAGAUAGUGUAUAAGAAAAGUUCAAACACAAGAAGUGUUUUAAAGCCAUCCAUUUGUGCAAUAAUGAUGAAAAUUGGAAAAAGUACCGUACGGCUAAGAUGUAAACUAAGAAAGCUGUGAGUGAAGUUCUAAAGCAUUUGAAGAGCUUUAAAAUGGUUUUGGGACAAAGGAUUGAGAAUGAAAAAUUUAUAAGAUUGCUAAAAGUAGGAGAAAGAAAUCAAGACAUUUGAAAUAAGAAAGGUGCAUAAAGGAUGAAGAGGAAAGAGUUUUGCUCAUAGAUGGUGAUAGUAAAGACAGAUGGGAGACUUACUUUUUUAAACUUUUCAAUGGUAGAGGGAAUUUGUUUAGUAACUUAGAGGAUUUAGUAACUUGUGAAAGAGAACAAAAUUUAUUAUUCUAUCAAAGGAUAUGUGAUUGUGAGGUAAAGGAAGCUCUUAAGAAAAUGACAAAUUGUAGAGCCAGUAGACCUAACUGUAUCUCCAAUGGAAAUGUUUAGAGGAAGAAGGGGUGGGGUGGCUAACUAACUUAUUCAAUGAGAUUUUAUGGUCCAAGAAAAUGCUUGACGAUUGGAGAAGCACCUUAGUUCCUAUUUUCAAAAAUAAAAAAGAUAUUCAAAAUUGCGCUAACUAUAGAAGGAUUAAACUUGAGUCAUUUAAUGAAAUUGUGGAAAAAAGUAAUUAAGCAUAGGUUGAGAUUGGAAAUUGGUAUUUUUGAGAAUCAGUUUGACUUCAUGCCAGGUAGGGUGACUACAGAGGCGAUUUAUCUACUGAGAGAAUUAAUAUAAAAGUAUUGAUGUUAAGAUAAAGAUUUACACAAUUUUUAUUGAUUUGAAAAAAGUUUAUGAUUGUUUAUUGAGAGAAGUACUUUGAAAAAUCUUGAAAAAGAAAGGAGUCUAGGUUGCCUAUAUUAUAACUAUACAAGAUAUGUAUGAAGAGGCAAUAGCUAGUAUAAGAAUUUCUGGUGGCAAAACAAAGGACUUUCUCAUAAGGAUUAGACUGCAUCAGGGAUCAUCUUUAAAUCCUUAUUUGUUUGACCUGGUUCCAAAUGUUUUAAUUGAGCAUAUUCAAGAGGAAAUCCUCAAAUACAUGCUUUUCGCAGAUAAUAUAGUUCUUAUUGCAGAAAUCAUAGAAAAAAUUAAUUGUAAACUUGAGUUAUAGAGAAGGACAUUUGAGUUAUAAGGUUUCCUCUUGCGUAGGAGUAGGACGGAAUAUUUGUAUAGUAAUUUUGAUAAGAGGUCAGUCAGUAGUAAUUUGGAAGUGAAAAUAGAGGAUUAGAUUAUACUUCAAAUGAAAAAUGCUUAGAUAUUUGUGAGCUCUUAUUUGGCAUGAUGGAGAAAUUGAUGGGGAUUUUGCACAUAAAAGCUGAAUGGUUUAAUUGGAGAAAGACUAAAGGAGUUAUUUGCAAUCGUAAUAUUUGUAAUAAAUUUAAAGAGAAGUUUUAUUGAAUUGCUAUAAGAUUAGCUAUAUUAUAUGGUAGUGAAUGUUGGGUUUUAACCGAAUAGCAAGCGUAUAAAAUUAAGUAGUAAAGAUGAGAAUGUUGAGAUGGAUGUGUGAGCAUAUACGUAAAGAUAAAAUCUGAAAUGAGCAUUUAUGACAAAAAGUGAGCGUAACAUUUGUUGGAGGAAAAUUUGUAGAAAAUUGUUUGAGAUGGUUUGGACAUGUACAAGGAAGAUUGCAAGAGGCACCAGUGAGGAGAGUGGAACAGAUAAUUUUAAGUCCUACUAAGAGAAGCAAAAGAAGGUUAAAUAGAAUACUUAUGGAAGUUAUUGACCGAGACCUCUUAAUUGAUAACAUUCUUAAAAGGUUGGUAAAUGAUAGAGCAUUAUGGCGUUGUACAAUUCAUAUAGCCAACCUCACUUAGUGAGAUAAGGCUUGUCCUCCUCCUCCUCCAUUAAAUAUCAUGAUGAUUCAUGUGUUGCAAUAGAAUUUAGGAUAUUCUUAUUAUAAAAAAGAAACCUUUCCCAAAAAGAAAGAAAGAAAUUAGUUUUUACUUACUUUUGUGGCUUGUAUUGGGUGGAGGAAAUCUGCUUCCCAAAACUCUCCUUUCCUUGCUUUUUCACUUGUGUUGAUUCCCUCACAUUCUUGUGCCUUUUGACCACAGAUAGACUAAGGUGCAAAUAUGAUGGUAUUUGUCUUGUAAUCACAAUUUAACCACAAACUGUGAUUGAAUCUCUUCAAUGUGCAUUGGGAUAUUCUUGAUUAUAUCAUGGCUAAUGAUAUAUCAUUUGGUAAGGCUUUGGAGGAACUGCAAGGCAUAGGUAAAAUCGUUAAUGAUAAAGAUUUGCGUUGGUGGUGAUGUUAUCUUACAUGUACAAGCCAGCUUUGGAGAUGUUUGUUGGUCUUGGAGGAAAUUGGGACUGCAUGGUGAAUUGGUUUGAAAACUGAAGCUUAUUUAACCUACUGGCAUUUAUCCAAUCACCUAAAUAACAUUAGAGUCGUACUUCUGUUUAUGUUAAGAGUAGCAGAAAUCAUUUAUUGUAUCCCUUGUAGGUUAUGUAUAUAGAGUGUGCUAGUAGAGUUGUAUAGGGACAAAGCAGAUAAAAGGAUCUUCUAUGAUAGGUUGUAUAGGGCAGGCUAUUUUAGUAGGCUCACAAUCACCUUGAUAGUAUUGUGUAUAUAUUCCCACUAUAAAAUAAACUAGAACUUGAGUUUUAUUUAGCUUCGGUUUACUUAUUAUGACUUGUUGUAACCGACUAUUUUGAAAAUAUUUAGAAUCAUGCUCUUAAUAUGUUAUGUGGUGAAUGAUUAUUAUUA